CAUGUAUUCAUGAUCAUGAACGCCAAUAAUGCGACAAUACCUUGGGGGGAUGGUUUUGUGUGUACUGUUGUUCGUACAACACAGGAAAUUUGUUAUGGCCAUGUAGCUUUUGGUACAAUCAACAAAUUGUAUCUUUUCAAUCUGCCUCCUUGUUAUCGCUCUAAUCCUAGUCUAACAAACGAUAAAGUGAAAUGUUCAAACAACUAUGUAGUUCUGUUUGUUUCUCUGUUGGACAUUUUACUGGACGUUUUUCAGUACAGUCUUUUGCUGCAUUUGGAUAUUGUCCUGUUGACUUUCUUGUCCAAAAUGAAAAGCUUUUUCAAACUGCCGUUUGCUAUGCUAUUCCUGUUGAUUGCAGUCAAAGCGCAAGAACAACAACUAAUUAUCGAAGUCCUUUAUAUGCCUACUGAUUGCCCGAUUAAAUCGCAAAAUUUGGACAUUUUAACUACGGACUACACCGGAACGCUUGAGGACGGCACCGUCUUUGAUUCCAGUGUUGGCGGAGAACCUUUCAGCUUUACAUUGGGAGUCGGAGAAGUGAUUAAAGGAUGGGAUAUGGGUUUGCUGGAUAUGUGUGUGACGGAACGACGCAAGUUGACCAUUCCGCCAUCAUUGGCUUAUGGUGAGCAAGGAACCAGUGACGGAGUCAUCCCACCAAACGCUACUAUCAUUUUCGAUGUUGAAUUGUUGGGAAUCAAUCGGCCGUAACGAACUACCUACUAUUAAGACCCAGACCCCUUAAUAUCUUUGUUUUGUCGAAAAGGUGAUAGCUUUAAAUAAUGUAUCAAAUAGGAAGAAUUAAUUUGAGAAAUAGUUCUUUUUAUUUGUAAUUAUCUUUGAAGUUAACAAGGAAUAAAAAAUUAGUAUCCCUCA